AUGAGCCAAAUGCAAAUGCAACAGCAACGCCAUCGGCGAGGACGACAUCAUCAUCGUCCUCAGUCCGCCGAGUGCGAGUGUUUACGUCCUGUGAUAAGGGUUUUUGGUCUGCUGACUUCAUUCGUUAUUUGCGGCGUCGGCGUUGAUGUCUACAUGCAUGGCUAUAGGGCUGGCCUAUACAUAGUUUUUUCAGCCGUGCUGGUAAUGUUUAUUGAGAUCAAAUGGCUGGUGACAAUUUUCCUGCAGCUGCAGUGCUCGGAAAAUAAUUACCAGCGGACAUCCUGCAACUGCUUGGCCUGCUGGCGUCUGUCAGCAAUUUGCGGUGGGUGGCGACCCACGCCCGUUUAUGCGGUCAUCGGCGUGUGCCUGAUCCUGUACCCACACAAUCUGUGGCUCAGCUAUGUGGCCGGGAUGUUCCUGAUACUCCUUGGCCUGCUGAGACUCUGCACGCUGCUCCGGUUCAGCCCCUCGAAGGACGAAGGCCUCCUGCCGCAGUGCGACUUUGAAAAGGUCUCGAGCUUUGUGGAUAACAUGGAGGAUGAUUUCGCGGAGGUUAGUGCCUCUCAAGCGGCCUUGGAUGACGAGGAGGCGGAGGAGGAGGUCGAUGACAAUCAUCCUGUCAUAGACGAUGAUGUUUGCUAA